AUGAAUGUUCUAAAAGUGGCGAGUCUGAGAUAUUGUUACAAGAUGGACUUAAAUUUUCUAAAUAAUUCUUUUGGUGGUGGCUUCUCAGUUGCAGUGGCAACGUGGUAUGGUAGUCCUGAAGGAGCUGGAAGUGGUGGAGCUUGUGGAUUUGCAGAUGACGUGGCAAAUCCUCCAUACAAUGGUCUUAUUUCUGCUGGAAACCAAAAUAUAUUUAAACAUGGACAGGGUUGUGGGACUUGUUAUCAGGUUAAAUGCACAGAAAAUCCAGAGUGCUCGACGUAUCCGAUUAAAGUAACAAUCACAGACGAGUGUCCCGGUGCCUGCAACAACGAAGCAUUUCACUUCGACUUGAGUGGAAAAGCUUUUGGAUAUUUAGCCAAGCCCGGCCAAGGUGACGCGUUACGUAAAAGAGGAAGGAUUAAUAUCCAAUACGAAAGUGUGGAGAGUUUCGCGAUUUCUUGUAGGGUACCGUGCUCGUACAACACGGGCGUAACAUUCAAGAUCGACUCAGGUUCGAACCCUAAUUACAUGGCUUUCGCGAUUGAGUUUGUGGGUGGAGAUGGUGACAUUGGUGCGGUCGAGAUGCACCCUGCGAAUUCCGGAACGUUGUACAUGCAACAAUCUUGGGGCGCAACGUGGAAAGUAGGGAUACCCGUCGGGGUAAAAGGUCCGUAUUCCGUGAAGAUAACUACCAUCGAAUCCAAGAAUACGAUUUACGCUUCCAAUGUGAUUCCGGCUAACUGGGCUCCCGGCCAGUACUAUCAUUCGAACGUGAACCUUUCUUGAUAAGGGAAUCGACACAUACUUUUAAA